CUUGGACCGUUAAAAAAUGAAAGCUAGUUUCAAUUUUUUGGCUGUGAUUUUUGUGCUAGUGAAGGCCGAAGUUGAUUGGAACAAAGUAUUUCCGAAUGAAUUGGAUGUCGAAAGCGAGAUACCCGUAAAAAAAGAAAAAACUCAUUCUAAAAUCGUCGGAGGAAUCGAAUCGGUUCCUCAUUCUAGACCGUAUCAGGUGGCCCUUAUUGUUCCUGUACCUGGAGGAACUUCUUUUUGUGGUGGAUCAUUGAUCAGUAAUAAAACUAUCUUGACAGCCGCUCAUUGUGUUGACAGUUUAACCGGAGGCGUCGACGUCAUUCUUGGAGCUCAUAACGUUAGGAAAAAAGAAAAAACGCAACUCAGAUUAUUGGCUAGUAAUAUUAUCCUCCAUCCGGAUUGGAAUAGGAACCGUUUAAAAAACGACAUUGCUCUUAUUAACCUACCAUCAGAAAUUGAAUUUACUGAUUAUAUCAAACCGAUCAAAAUCGCGUCGGAAGAUUUGGAUUACGGUAAAGAAAAGGCUUUAGUUAGCGGUUGGGGGAGACCGUUCGACGGGGCUAGAGGUAUAUCUUCGGUUCUGAGAGAGGUCGAUGUCCCUGUUAUAACGAAUUCUUGGUGUAACCUCAAAUAUUUGGGUGUCGUCGGUGAUGGGCAAGUUUGUGUUUCCGGUAGUGAUGGAAAAUCCACGUGUAACGGCGAUUCUGGUGGUCCGUUAACGUUCAACGGAGUUCAAGUAAGGGUGACGGUGCUGUGUAUUGGUAUUGUUUCUUUCGGUGUCCGAUUGGGGUGUGAGGUCGGAUGGCCUGCCGUGUUUACCAGAGUAUCGUCCUAUGUGAAAUGGAUUAAUGAAAAUAUGAAUUGGUCGUACUUAGGAUUUGUUUCAUCGCUUAGAAAUAUAAGUGAAUUAUCACAGGGGGUACUUGAAAGAUUAGAUAAUAUUCAAAAUAACUCAACAUUCGAGAUAUUUCCAACAGUUUCCAUCUUUAAAAUGUAUAAAUAUCAACAAAUAUCAUUUCUGGCAAUAAUUUUCGUAUUAUUGCUGAGGCAUGGAACAAAUGCCUCCAAGAAUAACUUGGGGAUUAUAAAUGGAGAUGAAGUUGAACCUCAUUCCAUGCCUUAUAUGGUUUCUAUUCAAUCGGUUGUAAAUGGUACUAAAAUACUUUGUGGUGGAUCUUUGGUAUCGGAACGUUUAGUUUUGACUGCAGCGAAAUGUCUAUACGGAGCAACAGAAGCUGUACUCACUUUGGGUGCGCACGAUUUAAACCAAGUUGAAAAGGGUCAGUUAACGAUAAAUUCUUCUUCUUUCAUCAUCCACGAAGACUACACACCUUCUGGAUUGAUACACGAUAUAGCACUCGUCCAAUUGCCAAAAGAUUCAAUUCAACUUAGUAAUACCAUCUCCGUUAUAAAACUUCCUGACGUUGUUGACAUCACGAACACCUACAUAGAAGAAGCCCCCACCGUUGCUGGAUGGGGUAAAACUUCUGAUACAAAUUCUAAUUAUAGUAACGUCCUACGAUACCAGAAUUUGACAGUUAUACCACUCCUAGCUUGCGAAUUACCCUACGUAUUCCAUAUAGACGUCACUCAACUUUGUACUUCUGGUGUAUCUGGAAGUAAUAUUUGCUUGGGAGAUAUUGGGAGUCCUCUGGUGUUAAAUGGAGUUCAAAUUGGUAUUGCUUCAUACGGCAGCGAAUGGGGUUGUGCAAUAGGUUUUCCUGGAGUUUUCACUAGACUUACGAGUUAUUUAGGCUGGUUAUCAUUGUAGAAAAAAUCGAUAAUAAAUUUUUUUUCAAA